AGUUUCGCGCUCAAAUCAUUUUUUCAUCAUCCAAACAAAGUCUCUGCUUUCAUUUUAGUGUCCAAUUUUUUUAUCAAUUUUCUCUUAUUUGUUACAAAUUAUUUGUUUUAAAAUGACUAAAACACCAACGCGUACUUCGCCUUACCCGAAGAGAACACCUUUAAAAGUAUUUCCAAUAUUCAAUUUUAAAAAUGACCCUGAAUUUCGAAAGACAGCGAAAAGUCCGAAAAGUGAAACCAAAAAAGUGAGGAAACCCAAAUUGGAGAAAACCCCUAGAACUCCUAAAACUCCUAAAAAUAAAUCACGAGAUGACCAGUAUGUUAUUGAUGCCGGUCAAAAGGAUUUUGAUGCUUCACAGUGCAAAACUUGCAAUAUGCUCUACACCAAAGGCGCCAUUGAAGAUGAGGAACACCAUUCGAGAUUCCAUGAGAAUUUUGUCAACUCAAUCAGAUACAGAGCAUGGAAAACUGAAAAUACUUGGAAACAAUUUGAUGAUGAAUCUAAAAUAGUCGUGAUUAGGCCGGAUGAUCCUAAAUUCAUGUUGAAAAAGGUUGAUGAGAUGUUCACCAUUGCCGAUCAAGAAUUAGGGAUAAACGUGAGUCUUUUUGACUGUCUCAAGCCAGAUAUGGUUUUUUUAUUAUAUGUUUCAAAUGGACGGAUAUGUGGAUUCGUUGUGGGGGAACCAAUCAAAGAAGCCAAUAUGUAUUGUCCAGACACAGGGAUGGUGAACAUUAUUGACUCAUUUCCAUGUGACAUUGGCGUUCCGCGAAUAUGGAUCCAUUUUAGUUAUCGCCGCAAAGGUAUUGGAACAAAAUUAUUGGAUGCUCUUCGAGCUAUUUUUGGUAAAGAAAAUGCAAUCGAUAAAUUAAAGAUUGCUUUUACUGACCCAACGGAAGAAGGGUUAGCUUUUAUCAGUACAUAUACCGGGAGAAGAAAUAUUCUUGUUUACACACUGUAAUUAAACAAAAAGAUUGAAUGUUAUUAAAGAUGGAAGAAAUUUAUUCUCUUAUGCACAAAAAACUAUAAAUAACUUUGUUUCACUUC